ACAAUUUUUGCUGACUCAGCAAACCACGUGCAGUUUUUUUCGAGUUCUUGCAGAACGAGGCCAGAAGCUUCCAUGUCGACGACCAAGCUGCAACAGUACGAUACGGAGCUGACCGCUGACACGGUGGAGUGGUGUCCGACUGCAAACUACAGAGAAAUAGCCGCAUGCGGAACUUACCAGCUUGAUUCAUCCACCGAGAGACGGCACGGCUCCCUUUCCUUUCACAAACUCGAACGUGCAGAAACCAAAGAACAAGGUUGUGUUAAAGUUCUGCAGAGGAAAGAUCUGGACUAUGGGAUACUAGAUAUGAAAUGGAGAGUUCAAUCUGCCCGACCUCUUCUGGCACUGGCAGCAUCAUCUGGUGAUGUGGUGUUUGGCACACUAGCAAUCACCUCUAGAGAGGAAAGCUGGGAGUUUGAGGAGCUGGAGAAGGCAGCAGUUUGCCCCAGGAAUGGGAAACUGGGGCUCUGUCUCUCGCUGGACUGGAACAGAGACAGCCAGCAGUGUUUAGUGGCAUUGAGUGACUCUCUUGGGUCAGUGAGCAUUGUCAGCUGUGGGGAGAGAGGAGGGGCAUCGUCCAGAGUUCUCCAGAGAUGGAGAGCCCAUGAUUUCGAGGCAUGGAUCGUGUGUUUUGCGCGAGAGAGUCAGUGUUUGUUUUCCGGGGGAGACGACUGCAGGAUGUGUGUGUGGGACACCAGAGCUGAACCCAGCAGACCUGCUGCCGUCACCAGAGAACAUACUAUGGGAGUGUGCAGUUUGCAAGCUCAUCCUACUAAAGACCACCUCCUAGCAUCAGGAAGUUACGACGAGAAGGUUUUGUUAUGGGACACCAGAUUGCUAAGGAAACCAGUCAAAGAGGCUGCAGUGGGAGGUGGCGUGUGGAGGGUCAAAUGGCAUCCCACGAACUCUGACCUCAUGGCUGUGGCCUGCAUGCACGAGGGUUUCAAGAUCCUUAACUGGUACCUGGAUGACAGUGGUAUGACAACCUAUGAGACACACAGCUAACUUUGAAACAUGCAUCAGGCGUAUAUAAAAUUAAUGCUGGCCACAUCUACUCAGUGCUAGAAACACAUCGUAAAUCAGAACCAGCUAUAGUAUAGAUACCGGUAUUUGCAUGCCCCCCUCUCUGUCUCUGUUCUUCAGGUGUGUCUGUCAGGAGAGUGUGUGAGUACCGAGAGCACAGCUCUCUUGCCUAUGGUAUUGACUGGUGCAGGGCAUGGACCUUUUCCCCUCACCUGUUGGCCUCAUGUUCAUUCUAUGACCACUCACUACAUUUUUGGACCACUUCACUUUAGAGCUCCUCAUCAAUAAUAUCAUGUGUUGCACUACCACCAGCUUUACGUGUGACUACACUUAACUUUUUCAUCCCUUUUCCAACUCUGAGUCUGAC